AUGCCUGACACCGUCCAACAGAUCUAUUCCCGUGGAAUCUACCACGCUCUGCCCACCUUUCCACCUCACGUCCGGGACCUGACCGCCAUCGUCACGGGCGCAAAUGGCAUCUCCGGAGCGUACAUGCUCCGCGUGCUCGCCCAGUCGCCCACGCGCUGGAAGAGAAUCAUCUGCCUGUCCCGCCGUCCGCCGCUCGUGCAGGGCGGCCUGCCCAGCAACGCGGAACACAUUGCCGUCGACUUCCUCACCUCGCCGGAGGAGAUCGCCAAGGUUCUCAAGCACAACGACGUCACCACGGUCGACUACGUCUUCUUCUACAGUUACGUUCAAACGGCCCCGAAGCCGGGCCAGGGCCUCUGGAGCGACGCCGCGGAGAUGGCCCGCGUCAACACCCUCCUGCUGACAAACUUCCUGUCCGCGCUCCCGCUGGCCAACCUGACGCCCAAGCGAAUCAUGCUCCAGACGGGCGCGAAGAACUACGGCGUGCACCUCGGCCCGACGAAACUGCCUCAGGAAGAAUCCGACCCGCGCGUCGACCAGUUCGAACCAAACUUCUACUAUCCCCAGGAGGACGCUCUUUUCGCGUACUGCCGCUCCCAGGCCGCGGGCUGGAACAUCUGCAUGCCGGGUCCGAUCCUGGGCGCGGUGCCCGACGCGGCGAUGAAUCUCGCGUUCCCCAUGGCCGUGUACGCGGCCGUCACCGCCCAUAUGAAGGCCGAGCUGGAAUUCCCCGGCGACAUCGCCUCGUGGCAGAGCUACACCUCCAUGUCGAGCAGCAUGAUGAACGCCUACCAGGAGGAAUGGGCCGUGUUGACGCCCGCGGCGGAGAACCAGAAGUUCAACACGUGGGACGACUCCGCCUUCACGUGGGAGGGGUUCUGGCCCCGUCUCGCCGGCUGGUACGGCGUGCGGUGGAAGGGUCCGGACGAAGGCGCAAAGUACGUCGAGAGAGAAACGAGGUUCAAUCCGCGCGGCUAUGGCGGCAACGGCGUGAGCAGGCGCCGGUUCACGUUUGUCGAGUGGGCUGGGCGCAAGGACGUGGCGGAUGCAUGGAGGGAGAUGGCGCAGAGGGACGGGCUUGUGCAGAAGGAGUUGAAGGAAAUGGAUAUCGAACGAGUGUUUUCAUUCCUGGAUGGCUCGGUUUGUAGGGCCGCACCGCUUAUCUUUUCAAGUGAUAAAGCGCGGAAACUGGGAUGGCACGGUUUCGUCGACUCUUCAGAGUCGCUGCUAGAAGUCUUCGACGAUUUGGCCAAGUUGAAGAUGAUUCCUCCGGUGCCCAAAGUGGAGGUGAAAUUCAACUAA